UUAACAACUAGGGUGUUACACAUAGUUGAUUUUUCUAAGGAACUUGUGGCUCUCUCUUUUGUAGAAUCUGUCCAUGCAAUUUUAUUGUUCAUGAUGUGAUAAUGUAUCUCAAUUUUGAACCGCAGUUAUCUCUAUCCGCUUCCAAAUUACUUGAUCGUGACAUUGUUUCCAAGAGUGAUCCUAUUGCAGUAGUUUAUAUAAAGAAAAGAGAUGGAUUGCUUGAGGAACUUGGUCGCACCGAAGUGAUAAUGAACUCUUUGGAACCUGCAUGGAUUGAGAAAAUUAAUGUUGCUUAUCAGUUUGAGAUUGUUCAGCAGUUGGUCUUUCAUGUGUAUGAUGUUGAUACGAGAUACCACAAUUUGCAUGUGAAGACACUGAAGUUGAAAGAUCAAGAAUUUCUUGGUGAAGCCAGUUGUGCUAUAUCUGAGACCCACACAUGGGGAGAGGUGAUGGUCAAUUCCGUCUUCUUUUUACAGGUUGAAGGAGUAGAAGGCAUCAUGGCUGCUUAUGGUAGUGCUUUGAGGAACGUUGCACUUGCUGGACCCACUUUAUUCGGUCAAGUGAUCAACACUGCUGCAGAAAUAGCUGGUCGUUCGCUCUCCCAGGACAGCAGCAAGUAUUUUGUCUUGCUUAUUAUAACGGAUGGAGUCCUUACUGACCUCCAAGAAACUAAAGAUGCUUUGGUAAUGGCAUCUGAUCUACCCCUAUCCAUUCUUAUUGUUGGAGUGGGUGGUGCAGAUUUCAAACAAAUGGAGAUCCUUGAUGCUGACAAUGGACAUCGAUUGGAGAGUUCUACAGGGAGGAUAGCUACACGAGACAUUGUACAGUUUGUUCCAAUGCGUGAUGUACAUGGUGGACAGAUAUCAAUUGUUCAGAGUCUAUUGGAAGAGCUACCUGGUCAGUUCUUGACUUACAUGCGGUGUAGAGACAUCAAACCGCACACUGUUAAUCUCCCCCAAGCUCCUUUUCAAGAUCAUCCUGUCUAGAGCUCUAAAAAGAACUUUGAAGAAGUGGAGUAAAUAUCUCUUUUUUCUCUUCAUGCUUAUGAAUAUAUGGUAUAUAAAUAUAAUAGAAUAGAGAAAAAAUUGUACAUGUUUGGUAAGGGCAAAAUACUCUUUUGGUUUAGCAAGCAGUGUUUUGAAUUCUUUUAAGCAUGUGGUAUAAGAAAUAAGAUAGGCAAAUGGUGGUUUAUAUUCAUUUUAGUGUUUUCAGAUUGUUUUGUGUAUUGUUAAGGUUCUCAAGGUUGGGGUUUUAAAAAUGGUCCGUAUAUUGGAUAUCAUAUAUUCAUGUUGGCCAAGAAUUGGUCUUGUCCUUUUGAAAUGGUCAUUCCUUAACAAUAAGUAUUCAUUUAUAAUGAUAAA